UGGUUCUAUGAUACAACUAAAAUUGCAUUACUUAAAUGCACAAACUUAUAAAUAUUUAAUUUGAAUGUAAAAUGAUUACUGAAAGAAGUUAAAAGAUAAAUAACAUUAUAAAUGUUUAUGUUAUUAAAUUAUUUAUGAAUAAGCCAAUAGCGGGAGACACAAACAACUGAGACCUAACCUUUUUAAACUUACGAUUGAUAUAUACAUACAUACAUAUGCAUAUGAUAAAUAAAAAAGUAAAAUACAUUAAAUAAAGUUAUUAACAAUGUUCGAAGCACAUAGUAUUAAUGCAGAACAUAAGGAUUUAAUUCAUGACAUUGCAUAUGAUUUUUAUGGGCAACGAAUGGCAACAUGUUCAAGUGAUCAAUUUGUAAAGGUGUGGGAUGAAGAUGAGCAUGGAAAUUGGCACUUGACUGCUUCAUGGAAAGCGCAUAGUGGAUCAGUUUGGAAAGUUACAUGGGCACAUCCUGAAUUUGGUCAAGUUCUUGCAACUUGCUCUUUUGAUCGUACUGCAGCUGUUUGGGAAGAAAUAGUUGAAGGAUCAGGAUCUGGAGAGCGUGGUAUGCGCCAUUGGGUUAGAAGAACAAAUUUAGUAGAUUCCAGGACAUCUGUCACAGAUGUUAAAUUUGCACCAAAGAUGUUAGGACUUUUACUGAUAACUUGUAGUGCAGAUGGAGUAAUUAGAAUAUACGAAGCACCAGAUAUUAUGAAUUUGAGUCAAUGGACUUUACAACAUGAUAUUAGUUGUAAACUUCCAUGUAGUUGUCUCACAUGGAAUCCCUCGUUAUCAAGAUUACAUCCACCAAUGAUAGCAGUUGGAAGUGAUGAUACAAAUUCAUCUAGUGGAGGGAAAGUUUUUAUAUAUGAAUAUUCAGAGGGUAGUAGACGGUGGACAAAAACUGAAACACUGUCAAAUAUUAUUGAUCCAGUUCACGAUAUCGCGUUUGCACCUAAUUUAGGUAGAAGUUUUCAUACAUUAGCUGUAGCUACAAAGGAUGUAAGAAUAAUUAUUUUGAAACCGAUGCAGGAAAGUGCACAAAAUGGUUUAUCACGUUUUGAGAUAACCACUGCUGCACAAUUUGAUGAUCAUUACACUACAGUGUGGCAUGUAUGCUGGAACAUUAUGGGAACUAUUUUAGCAAGUUCUGGUGAUGACGGUUGUGUUCGAUUAUGGAAAGAUAAUUAUAUUAACAAUUGGAAAUGCAUUGCUGUUCUGAAAGGAGAUGGUACUUCUGCUCAAAAUGCUGAAACUCCUGCUGCAGCUACUCCACCUAAUCAACCCACAGGAAUCCCACCACCUUCUACUGCAAAGUACUACAAAUUGGGUUCCAUCAGUCAUCCAAAUCAAGUAGUAACUACGGCCACGAUCACUGCAGAGAGACCUACGACUACUAUUAUGUGCAGUACUAAAUGGCAAGCACCUGUGAUAAAAGGUCGUUUUAGCAAAUCAGUUUGGUUGGGCAAUCCUGGUGAAUCAUCAUUACCAUCACUUUCACUUUUAGAACGUCCAAAGGUAAAGAAAUAAUUCUAUUUGAUGCUCAUUAUAAUAAUGUGAUGCUUUUUUAUAAUAUAAAUUAGAAUAAAAAAUUGUUUAUGCAUUAUUGUAUAAUUAAAAGAUUAUAUUCAAAUAAGAUAAUGUAGAAUAUCAUCUAUCGUAUGUAAUAUUUAAUAUAUUUAUUCAUCUGUAACAGUUGUGUGUUACAGAUUAGUAAUUUAUUAUUUAUAUGA